GCGGGAAGUUGGCAACCCACACUGCAAUCCACACUCCACAACAGCAACCGCAACCACCACCACGACGCAUAAUUGCGCGCCAUGUCCAAAGCGGCCGCAUUUCUGGCAGACCCGCCGGCGACCGACGACCGCCCCAGCUUCGAGACCAUCCAUAAGCACGGCCACCAGGAUCUGGUGCAGGCCGUCGCCUUCAAUGGCCACGGCGACCGCUGCGCGACGGGCUCUGUCGACGGCAAGAUCCGCGUCUUCAACCGCCACAAGGACGGCGUUUGGCGUUUGUGCGAUACCUGGGGGGCCCAUGCCAGCGAGAUCCUAGAACUCCAAUGGCUCCCGACCACCAUCUAUCCCAACCUCCUGGCCUCGCUCGGCAUCGAGGGCCGCUUCAAGCUCUGGGCCGAAGACCCUUCGGCCGCCUCGGGCCGCCGCUUCGCCGAGUCCACCCGUAACGGGCCCCUCGUCACCAUUCCCUCUCGCUCGCCGUACCUCGGCCCCAACGGCACCGGCAAUGUCGCACCGGCGACGGGCAUCGGCAGCCCCAUGCCCGCCCCGGCCUCGUCCAGCUUCGACGGCAGCACCGCCGCCAGCGGCGCAGCUGCCACAGCCAAGCCGGCUUUCGAGACCCGCAACUCCCGCUCCCCCUACCGCUCCUUCUCCCUCAAACAUCUCGACGACUCGCGCACCACCUACUUGGCCUUGCUCUCCGCCGACGGUGGCCUGACCGUCUACGAGAACGACCGCAUCGAGAACCUCGCCGCCUUCACCCUCCUCGACGAGCUCUCCACCAUCCCCACCACCACCACCACCACCACCACCACCAACACCACCACCAACAUCACUGCCACCGCCGUCGCCACCGCCACCACCACCACUACCGGCGCCCACCCCACGACCACCGCUGCCUCUGCCACCACCGAGGGCGGGAGCGGCGCAAGCGGCACCGCGCCGCGACGCAUCACCCGGGGCGAGGAGACGUCGUUCCGGGUCCGGUUCGACCCGAACCCGGAGGUGUGCUACACGGCGCUGCGGGCGGGCGUGCCGUCGGACGCGCUGGGGCUGGCGGUGGCCGUCAUGGACCGCGUGCGCGUGUACCGCACGCGCGACACGGUCCGCGCCUCGCUCGGCGUCGCCGCCGCCUCCAAGGCUUUCUACCUCGCCGCCGAGGUCGUCGCCGGCGUCCACCGCGGCCUCGUCCGCGACCUCGCCUGGGCCCCGGGCAACAUCCGCGGCUACGACAUCAUCGCGACCGCCUGUCAGGACGGCUUCGUCAGGGUCUUCCGCCUCGAUGCCUUGCCUCCUCCUUCACCCCCCUCCUCCUCCGGGGAAGGGGGGGAGGAGGACGGCGGGGACGAGGAAGAACCAGGCGGCGGCAGCGGUGGUGGUGGUGGUGGUGGUGGGAAAUGGUCUGCGGAUAAGGUCAAGAAGCACGGCAGUGGCGUGCGACGUCGCGGAGACGGGGAGGACGGCGGCGGCAGCCACGCGUCGCGGGCCUCGCUCAUGUCGUCGGCCUCCUCCGGGAUCCGCGCCGGGCUGGACCAGAGCCGGGGCAACCCGGACCGGCGGGCGACGGGGCUGCCGGGCCACAUCCGGCACGUCAUGACGGAGAUCUCGCGGCUGGACUGCCACCGGACCCCCGUCUGGCGCGUCGGCUUCGACGACGACGGCCAGAUCCUCGGCAGCGUGGGCGACGAGGGCAAGCUCCUGUGCUACCGCCAGAAGCCCGACGGCACCUGGGCCAAGAGCACCGAGAUGGCCAUGAUCAAGAUGAGGAUGGCCGCCCCAUGAUGUGAGAGAAGGGGGGGGGGGGACUCCCGGCCUAAAAUUCUUCUCCGCCUGGCAGAUCGCGGCUGCUGAUGAGCCGCAAAAAUGCAUGCGACAUAACCCGCCCCCAACACAUAAUUACCCAACGAUCGCCGGGGAAGAACAUAUUUAGAAGGCGA